AUGGAAGGCCAGGAUCGGAGGCGGGACGGAAGCCGCGCCAUCGAGGCGGGAAACCGAGAGCAGUUUUUCGUCUUGAGGUCGAGGUCCGACGUGGGCAGCCCGCACGUGGAGGGGCUGGUGGCGGCCGUGGAGCGCGGGCCCUACGCGACAUUCCACGCGGCGUGCGCGGCCCUGGACGAGAUGCCGCCCCCGGAGGAUGACUUCGCCCACAACGAGUCGUUCUUCCUGCCCAAGAGCUCGCGCGUGUACCGGCCACCGGAGGCGCACCACAGGGACCGGCGCAUCGUGGCCUCGAACCGGAUCCUCAACCAAGUCCCCAGUCUCAGGCUGGCGCGUCCCUUGCCCUCGGGCGCCCCCCGAACGCCCUGGUACUACGUCGUGAGGGCUGGCCUGCGGGAGGAGCUGUUCCACAAGCUCCACGCCGUGCUAAUCGAGUCAGGGCCCCACAGGGACCUUGGGGCCACGCUGAACCUGCUGUUCGAGUCCCCAAGGCGCAGGGGCGGCGCCACACUGGAGGUGGUGUGCCUGCCAAGGGACGUGCGCGUGUGGAGCAAGGCCCCCGGGCCCGACAACGACAACAGGCUCAUUGUGGACUCCAACGCGGUCAGGAGCGCGAUGCGGCUCAAGAUACCUCUGGUCAACCCCUUUGAGUACCUGAUGGCCCACAGGCUGGCGGCCACCGCCAACCUCCUGCACAGCUCCUUCUCCGCCCUCCCCCCCCUGCCAGCCCCCACGCCCCCCCUCUUCCUCCCCACGCUCGCCCCAGCGCCUCCACCCCUACCCCACAUUCCCUCAGCAUUCAACCCCAACAGCAUUCCAACCCUAUUCCAGGGCCAGCCCAUGCCUGGCCUGGGCUGCAGUGUCGCGGCAUCUCCCUUCCAAGAUGCAAGAGGCAUGGUCACGAACGGAGCUGCAAUGGUGCCAGGCCACCCAGCAGAAGGUUUUGGUCCACAGUUCAAUUGGUCCAGGAAUGGGUUUGAGCACCUUUGGGCGCAUCACGGCAGCGGCCACACUGGGAGAUUGUACAGCCAGCCGUGGGCGCCGUUUGGCAUGUGCCGUGGAUACCAGAUGCCAGAUGCAUACCCCAGGGGCCACUGGCUGGGGUGCCCGCCGGAAGUGGGGGCAGACGGCGCAGGGGCUGUGCCGGAGCCGAUGCACAUGGCGAUGGUGCCUAGGAAAAGGAAGGGAGAGAGGAAAGAGGGGGUGGGCGUGGCUGGGAGGAGCGAUGGCCAGAGGGGGGAACAGAGGGAGCAGUGUGCCAUCAUCGGCAUCAAGGGGAAGUUCCAGAAGAAGGAUCCCAUCUCUGGCAAAGAGUUCACAGACAUGGACGCUGCAGAGGUCCUCAGAUACCUCGGGUCAAUGGCAGUCAAAGACGGCAGGGAGGUGGCUGAGGAAGGCGAAAUAGACCCCGGCCAGGCCACAACAGAAGGCACAGAUGCUGCCAGUCCCACUAGGCCUCCGCUGAAGAGGCGGCGGGAGUGCGGCGGUGACUGGAGUGGCCAGGAGGGUAGCGAAGGGAGGCUGGGGCCAUGGAAGCACCAUGGGGAGGCCAGCUGUGCCAGGGAAGCCCAGGCACACCAGGGGUGGGGGCCAACAAUGGAGAACCCAGAUAGCUGCAGCAGGCAGGAGAGCCAGAUUUAG